CAGCCCCUGGCUGGGGCAACGGGUUGGAGAGGUCCCUGCCAGCCCCCUCCCAAAGAUUGUGACAUUUUUCUGAGAUUGUCACAUUUUCUUGUUCUUUUUUUGGACUGGGCGGGCGCAGGGCCGUUCUUCUUCCUUGUGUGGAGCAGAGCUGCAGCCGCUCCCGAGGGAGCCCUGUCCCCAGAGGCCGGAGUGGCUCCUGCUCUCCCCUUCCAGGCCCGGGGGUGGGGAGGAGGGAGCGUGGGUCCAGACCCUACUGCCUGAGAGAGAGGCGGGGCUGGAGGAGGGGCCAGCCUCAACCUGUGCGGAACCCCCGACAGUGGCUGGGGUUCCGGCCUGGGUCAGGUCUCAGGGGCAGGGGCCCUGGCUGCCGUGCCCCUUCUUUGGAAACUUGACCCCCACAGGGCACGUGGUUCCCCCCAACACACUUGGCUUUGGGACCCUCCUGGGAGAGGAAGCCAGCAGGUGUCAGGAGGCUUUGGCCCAGGGACAGGAGGCGGUGGCCUGUGGGCCUUGUCCUGUCCUGGGUGCUGAGAGCCACGGCCAGUGGGGUUGAGGAUGCAGAGGGCCAGGCUCGGGAGUGAGAAAAGUAGAAAAUAAAAUAGAACCAGGUCCCAAGCCUCCUGGCCACAGACCCUCGGGGGAGGCCUGAGGGCCCUCACCAGGGCACAGCUGCUCAGGGAGGGGAUGUGCCGGUGUUUGUGGCUGGCUUUGGCACCCAGUGCCCCUCCCCACAGAGGUGCAUCCCAGAGUGGAAAGGCACACCCCCACAGGGUCUCCAGGCCGACUGGGGGCAGGGUGGUCUCCCUGGCUGGCCCUGAGGCUGGCAGCCGGCAGUGGCUUCUGAGCCAGCAGGUGCUGGGCCCAGAGGGUGGGGACCUCAGUGUGCCGGUGGGGUAUGAGGGUUAGGGCAGCCGAGGGCCAGAGACCCUGGUCCCGGGGCCCAGACCCCUCCUCCAGCUUCCUGUGCUCCCUCAGGCUUCAGGCCUUGCCACAGAGAGGGAAGGAGCAGCUCAUGUCACCACCCCCAAAUGCACAGUCCCCCCUCGGGAGGGGCCCGGAGCCGGAAACCAAGAAAGAGGAACCCAGGCUUCCGGCUCCCAGGCGCUGAGCCGACAGGGGUGUCCCAGAACCUCCUCUGGGGGCCUCCUCUGGGGGCCGGCCUGGGAGGAGGGGCCGGAGGCUGGGGCAGGGGGCAGAGCAGGGAAGGAGGUGUGCUGCAGGCCACUCCCACAGGACAGCUGGGGUCUGGGGUCACAGGUUCUCGGUCAGAACCUUGGCCCCUCUUCCCAGACCCCCAGGCUGUGGUGAGGGCCUUGGAGCUGGCAUCUCGGAGCCUGGGCCACCUGCUUUACCCACCCAUGCCCACCGCGCAUGAGGCUGACAAGCAGCACCCAGGGCCAGAGGAGGCAGACCGGCCGCCUUCGAUGUCCAGCCGUGAUGCGGCCCCCACGGCGGCCCCCAGCCGCAGCCCCUGCUGCCUGUGCUGGUGCUGCUGCUGCAGCUGCUCCUGGAACCAGCAGCGGCGGCGAGCGUGGCAGGCCUCCCGGGAGAGCAAGCUGCAGCCCCUGCCCAGCUGCGAGACGUGUGCCACGCCGAGCCCUGAGGAGGUGGAGAGCUGGGCACAGUCCUUCGACAAGCUGAUGCACAGCCCUGCGGGCCGCAGUGUGUUCCGGGCCUUCCUGCGCACGGAGUACAGCGAGGAGAACAUGCUCUUCUGGCUGGCCUGCGAGGAGCUCAAGGCCGAGGCCAACCAGCACGUGGUGGACGAGAAGGCGCGGCUCAUCUAUGAGGACUACGUGUCCAUCCUGUCCCCGAAGGAGGUCAGCCUGGAUUCCCGGGUGCGGGAAGGCAUCAACAGAAAGAUGCAGGAGCCGUCCGCGCACACGUUCGACGACGCGCAGCUGCAGAUCUACACGCUGAUGCACCGGACUCCUACCCCCCGCUUCCUCAGCUCCCCCACCUACCGUGCCCUGCUGCUCCGGGGAGCCCCACAGUCCUCUUCCGAGGCCUAGCUGCCCACCACGGCACAGACACUUGACGCCUCUCAUGGGCAGACGCGGGGGCGGCCAGAAGCCCCCUCGCCCAGCAGCCCUGCGGGGGGCUCAUGCACAGCCU